AUGACGGACCCCCAGCUCAAGACGGCAAAGAACAAGGCGCAGAACGAACUCCUCCGUCAACGACAGACAGGAGACGGGAAUUGGUCCUGCUGUGACCUCACCUGCGACAAGGCCCCCACAAUGUUCCGACAUAUCGCAGCGAGCCACAGCGACAUUGUUCAGGCACUGACCAGCGUCCAACUCGCCAACAUGUUACAGCUCAGGGCUUCGACUUCUACAGCGCAGGACCAUCGGGAUCAGGGUCAGAGGCAUGGCCAGGACGAGGAUGCAGAGUUCAAGUCCCGUCGAGCUGAAAAGUAUGGGAGCGACCCUAUCAAUCUGACCUGUCAGUGCGAUCCUGCAUUGGGGACCGUCAUCCUGUUCUAUGCCUACUUGCCGAUAUCCGACCCUCUGGCGAUUGCGCGACUCCACAAAGCUUGGUUCACGGAUCUGGAACUCUGCGGAAAAGUUAAGCUGGCGACUGAAGGAAUCAAUGCGACCCUUUCUGGACUCUCGACCUCAGUUACAGAAUACAUCGACCUCCUCACCGCCCUUCCGGAAUUCGAGUCCCUGAACCUCUCACGCCCAGUAACAAUAAGCUCUCAGCACAACGGCAACACCGAGAUCGACGCCACCCUAAAGAGGAAGCGAUUCAACUUCUUCAAACCAACAGAAGGCUGCCGCCACGUCUUUGGCGAGGAGGCAUCGAUAAAAGUCGUCGAAGAGAUCUGUCCGUUAGGAGCGCCAGAACUGAGCGUCUACCACGACCCCAAGAACAAGCAAGGCAAACUUCCACCCAAAGAGUUCCACGCGAAGCUCAAGGAGUCCGAGGGGAGGGAUGACUAUGUGGUGUUGGAUGUGAGGAACUAUUAUGAGUCGUCGAUUGGUCGGUUUCCAGGAGCCAUAACGCCGCCGAUUCGCAAGUUUUCGUCGUUCAGGGAUUAUGUUGAUCGAAACAGGGAGUUGCUUGCGGGGAAGACCAUCCUCUCCUAUUGUACUGGCGGCAUUCGCUGCGAGAAGGCAACGUCGUAUAUGCGGCAAUCAUUGGAAUCAGGAAAGAGCGACGAUGUGAAAGUAUUGAUGCUGGAGGGCGGAAUCCACAACUACCUGGAAUGGAUCAAGCAGGAGCGGACGAUCAAGGAGAACCCACAACAGGAGUCGCUUUGGCUUGGUAAAAACUAUAUCUUUGACGCGCGGCAGUCUCUAGGUUUGGAAGAGACAACAGACAGCCAGUGGUACUACCAGAAGGAGGAAUUCUACGGAACUCCAAGCCAAAUCAGCGGUCUGUCGUUCCCAGUCGAGAAGGAGAGUCGACACAAGGGCAUCGCGUUCAUUAUGAUGGAUGUCGCUGCAACCUGCAUCUACCUUGCCAGCAAGACGGAGGAGAGUACGCGUAAGUUCAAGGACAUUGUGAUUGCCUGUGCGCAAAAGGCUGCCAAGAAGGAUACACCCAUCGAUGACUCGUCCAAGGCAAGUGGCCGAAAGUUGAAGCAGGUUGCAUGGGCGUUCGUCAACGACAGUCUGAGAACGACGCUGUGCUUGACCAAGUCGCCCAAGAUUGUUGCGUUGGCAGCUUUGUAUGUUGCAGGAAAAUACUUGGACGAGAACCUGAUGGAUUCCUUUGGCGAGUUUUGGCGGGAGAGUUAUGAGCCCCACGAGCGUGAAAUCCAUGAGGCGGCAGGUGAAAUUAUGGAUUCAUACUUGAUGACCUCCAACAGGAAUGGUCGAUCGCUGGAUAAGAUACCGCCUGGCUCGAAGCCUGGCAGUGAGUACCAGGAGAACGGAACACCCUCGUACGGCGGCUACCUCAACAGCCCGGCCAAGCUUGCAACUCCUGUGUACGGCAUGGAUCCUGAUCGACCCGCCAAUGGAGACCGAUCCAUGGCGCCCUAA